AUGACGGGUCACGAGCAAGUGAAGAAAGAGAAGAGAAGAAAAUGGGUUGCUGGAUCCUUAUUGGUUCUCUGUAACCACUUGACGUUCCUCUUGAAGGGACCCGAGACGAGGUCUCACUCUCGAGCGGCGGCGGCUGAGGAGGACACUAAGGUGGGCGCGAGGAAGCAGAAGGGCCAUGAGCCUGAGUCCGGGCAGCAGCUCAAGCGAACUCGGGGGCGGUCCUCGGCCGAGAUCGCCGCGGAAUUCGGGGAGUUUUGCAAGGCGGCGCGGCAACACCUCUCCGUCGAGCAGAUGAAGAAGAUCCUCGAGGCCAGCGAUCAGAACCCCACCGGCUCCGACGACGCCGUCGUUCCUAGAUGUGAGGAUGUGAUGUUCUACGGGCCAUUGAAGAGGUGCCCAUUGUGCAAUGGCUGGAUGGAGUGCACCGGGAAGGAAUACAAGUGUACUGGUACCUACUCAGAGUGGGGCUCCUGUAUUUUCACCACCAAGGAGGACCAGAGGAAGCCUGAGCCGUUGAAGUUGCCGGAAGGGCUCGAGCUUGAUCCGACCGCCAAACAGUGGUUUGAUAACCAGGAUCCGGCACAGCGACCUCAGAGAGAUCUUUCGGCAGAUCAGGGGAAUCUCUUCUCCGGCAUGGUUAUCGCGUUAUCCGGCCGAAUGACACGAAAGCACGAGACAUGGCGGAAGGAGAUUGAGAGGCAUGGUGGGAAGGUUGCAAACUCGGUCAAAGGUGCUAGCUGCCUUGUGGUCGCUCCGUCGGAGCGUGAACGAGGAGGUUCAAGCAGAAUUGCGGAAGCCUUGGAAAUGGGGAUACCUGUUGUGAGUGAAGCGUGGCUGAUUGAGAGCCUUCAGAAGAAGGAACAACAGCCAUUGGAAGCUUACGAUGUUGUGUCUGAUUUGGCGCCUGAGGGACGUGGUAUUGCUUGGGACAAGCAAGAACCUAGCGAAGAAGCUCUGGAGUCCCUCGCGACCGAGCUGAAGGUGUAUGGGAAGCGUGGUGUGCACAAGGACUCGAGGUUGCAGGAGCGAGGGGGAUACAUAUUGGAGAAGGACGGCCUCAUCUAUAACUGUGCCUUGACCAAAUGUGACAUUGCACGUGACAUCAAUGAAUAUUGUAUCAUGCAGCUUAUCAUGGUGCCAAAAGACCACUUAUAUAUGUAUUACAAGAGGGGUCGUCCUGGGGACGACCCCAAAGCAGAGGAAAGGUUGGAAGAAAGAACCACUGUGUACUCUAGAAGAAGGGUGAAAACAAAUAUCGUAGAUGAUGCCAUCAAGGAAUUUGCCAACCUCUUCCAAGAGCUGACUGGUAACGAGUUCGAGCCAUGGGAGCGUGAGAAGAAGAUCAAUAAGCAGUUCAACAAGUUCUUUCCAGUGGACGUGGAUGAUGGAAUGGAUGUCCGACAUGGCGGUUUGGGCCUCCGACAGCUCGGGGUCGCCGCCUUACAUACCAAAUUGGACCCUUUUGUGGCCAACUUGAUGAAAGUUUUGUGCAGCCAACUUGUCUACAAAUACGCCGUGAUGGAAAUGGGAUAUGAUGUUCCGGAUUUGCCGAGUGGAAUGCUAACUGAUUUGCAUUUACACAGAUGUGAAGAGGCUUUAGGGGAAUUUCUUGAGAAGCUGAACGCCGCCGAAUCCUCGGAGAGGAAGCAGGCGCUAUGGGCAGAGUUAAGCAACAAAUGGUUCACUCUCAUGCACUCAAGCAGGCCAUUUGUCAUCAGAGAUCCUCACGAACUCGCGGACCAUGGAGCAUCUGCUCUUGAGAGCUUGAGGGAUAUCAAGGUGGCGUCCUUGGUCGUAGGGGAUAUGACCGGUGCAACGGUGGAUGAUCCUUUAUAUGAUCGGUUCACAAAGUUGGGUUGCUCCAUUAGCCCAUUGGACAAAAAUUCGGAGGAUUACCAGUUGAUUGUUAAGUAUCUGGAUACCACUUAUGAGCCAUUCCGGCUCGAGGAUGUGAGCUAUGGGGUUAGCGUUGACAACAUCUUUAAAGUGCAAUCAAGUGCCUCCCCAUCUUUGGAUGACUUGAAGAAAAUGCCAAACAAAGUUCUGUUAUGGUGUGGCACUAGGACCUCCAACCUGCUGAGGCAUCUACAAAAGGGCUUCCUGCCUGCUCUCUGCACUCUUCCUGUUCCUGGCUACAUGUUUGGUGAAGCUAUCAUUUGCUCAGAUGCGUCGGCUGAAGCAGCAAGAUAUGGAUUUACUGCGGUCGAUCGGCCAGAUGGUUUCUUGGUCUUAGCUGUGGUUGCACUUGGAGACAAGAUCAUUGAAAUUUCUAGUAUUCCUGGGGACACGAAAUCUCUGAAAGAGCAGAAGGUAGGAGUAAAGGGCUUGGGGAAGAAGAAGCCGGAUGAGGCUGGACACUUCAAGUGGAACAACGACGUUUUAGUCCCUUGCGGCCGUUUGAUUCCAUCUGGGAAAAAGGAUAGCCCCUUGGAAUACAACGAGUAUGCGGUAUACGAUCCAAAACAGGUGAGCAUCAGGUACCUGGUGGGUGUGAAGUAUGAGGAGAUGAACAUGGAGCUGGUUCCCGAUGCGCCUAUUCCUGAAGAAUGAGCAGGGAAGCCUGAUCUUUAUCCAUUUUGGGGAAAGGUGUGGACUGUAUGUAGCUGUAGAGCUUGAAGGAAUUUGCUAGUAGGGUGGUGAUCUUGGUGAGUUGCUAUUUUGUUUUUCAUGGGGAAAACGGAAGAUCCUUCAGCUUCAGAUUUGUCUAUUAUAUGUGUAUUAUAAUAUGUAUGCCUGUUUUCAGAAGCCAGGUUUUUGGAUUGCACUUUGCACGCUGCAUGGUUUCUCAUGCAACUUCUACAUGUGAAUGAUUUGUGUUAUAUGAAGGGACGGCUUUAGCUUC